UUGCAUAAAGUUAUCAAUGAUGUAUAUGUAGAAAAGACCAAAGACUCUUCUUGUGUCUUGACUCUUAUUAGAAAAACAAAUUAAGAACCACAGAAGCAAGUGGGAAAGAGAGCAUGAGAGCAUGCGAGCACGUUCGUUAGUUAGUUAAAGGAUGAGGAGAGCACAUCAUGACCAUCCCUUUAAGCCACCGUCUUUCACUACAUUUUACGUUUCCUUUUGAGGUCUUACUCUUUUAAACCAAAGCAAAGAAGAAAGCCAUUUCAUAUCGAAUCCGUCCCAAUAAAAACAUGGCCAAUUCCAAACGAUUGUUUGGCGUUGUACGUAGGAAACUACUCAGGCGAUCUCACAGCAGAAUCACUAUCAUCCGUUCAUCAUCAUCAGCUCCAGAAACAACUCGUGAAGAUCUCGCCGCUGUUAAAAUCCAAGCUGUUUUCAGAGGCCACCUGGCAAGAAGAGCGUUUAAAGCGUUGAAGAGUCUGGUGAAGUUACAAGCGGUGGCGAGAGGAGUGCUUGUGAGGAGACAAGCUCGGAUAGCUUUACAUUGUAUGCAUGCUCUUGCUCGCUUGCAGGUUAGGGUUCGUGCUCGUCAGCUUCUCUCCCAUUGAUUCUUCUCUGCUUUUUCCCCUGUUUUUUUUUUUUUUCGUUUUAAAAAAAAACUCUUUCUGAUUGUGACAUUUAUACAUCAUUGUCCUUUCUAAUUAAUGCACCGGUUUUUGCGACUA